UGCUAUUUAAGCGCGAAGCGACCUCUCGAAGAGUCCUUUUCCCCCAUCUGCUGCCGAAGGCGAAGGUGUACUGUCUUAGAGCAGCGGGCGCAAUCCCACUUCAUCUAAAUAACCAUGCUGAUUUUUAAGGACAAGAUCUCCGGCGAUGAGAUGUUCACCGAUUCCAGCAAGUACAAGUUGGUGGAUGACUGCAUCUACGAAAUCGAAUGUCACCACGUGACUCGCAAGCAGGGCGAGAUCCAGCUGGAUGGUGCGAAUCCAUCUGCUGAGGAGGUUGACGAGGGCACAGAUGAGAACGUGGAGAGUGGUCUCGACUUGGUGCUGAACAUGAGGCUCACCGAAACCUGCUUCACCAAAGCAGACUACAAGAACUACCUGAAGACCUACACCAAGGCCCUUCAGGAGAAGUGGAAGGAAGAAGGCAAGUCUGCCGAAGAGAUUGAUGACGCCAAGGGCAAACUCACCACUGCUGUUAAAAAGGUGCUGCCCAAGCUGGACGACUACCAGUUCUUCAUUGGUGAAUCUUGCAAUGCCGAGGGUAUUGUCGGCCUCCUGGAGUACCGUGAACAGGAUGGUGGAGGAGAGAAGGCGGUGAUGAUGUUCUUCAAGCAUGGUCUGGAUGAAGAGAAAAUGUGAAUGUAUGAGAGCUGUGACAGAAGACCUGGCCUUCGGCGGGGGACGGCCAAGUGGUGCCGACAGAGGCAUCGACAACUCCAUCCUCUGCAGCCCUUGGCCUUGAACAUUGACUUACAGAACCAACAGUGAAAGUGUAUCUGAGCUCGUUGACAGAAGGAACCUCUUGUGCCUGUUGUCAUUUUAUGUAAAGCUGUCCACCUAAUGCAGGAGAGGAAAAAAAAAAAAGCCUAGAAGUGUUCCCCACCUUCCUGUACAUUGGACACUAUUUAUUAUAUGCUUUUGGAACAGUUGUGCUGUUCAUUAAAGGAGUUGUCAAUUU